ACACACACGCUCCUCCUCCCUCCUUCUUUCUUUCUUUCUUUCUUUCUUUCUUUCUUGUGCCGACACAACACAUAGAGAGCACCCAUAUCAGCAUCCAUCCAUCCACCAAAAUAAAUGUUCCACCUUUCUUCUCCUUUUUGUCUUGAGAUUACCCGAUCAUGAGUUGAUCCAUUCAUUCUCUAAAAUACCUAAUUUCUUUAGCUUACCGUAGCAUAGCGUAGCCAGGGGAAAGAAAGGAGUGUGUCUGUAAAAUAAUAAAGCAGCCAGCAGCAAAAGAAGAGGAUUGGAUUCAUCUUCCUCCCUCACUCUCUCUCCCUCUCUGAUUCCAUCCCUAUCCUUUCCUUUGCUCCCGCUGAUUCCAUUCCAUUCCAUGGCGCACUGAUUGGAUUGGAUGCUGCUGCCCGCCGGAUCUAUCCCCCCGCUUCCGUCUUCCUCACCCUCAGAGCACACCACACCGGAGGAAUCCCUCCUCCGUCACCUCCGAUUUGAACUUACCUACCUUCCUUCCUUCCGGCGAGCCGCCAUGCCUCCACUCAAAUCCCCCCCAACCUAGAGCUAGAUAGAUAGACAGACACAAGGACAGCUCUGCUCUGCUCCAGCCAUGGCGGCUGAGGCGCCGGCCCCUUCCGCGCGCUCCCGGGCCCUCGCCUCCGCCUCCGCGCCCGCGCCGGCCACCUCCAGGCGCCCCAAUGCCACUCCCGCAGCAGACACCGCCGCGCCGCGGCCGGCCACCACCCGCAGCUGCCGACGCCGGCCACGGCCGUCGACCCGGCCAACACGCACGGCAGGAGCCCCAACAAGUCCUCCACGCAGUCCGCCGGGGAGCGGGGCCGCAAGGCCUCCCCCCCGCCGGGCAGCAACAACGGGGGGGCCAGCAACGGCGUCGUCAUCGCCGUCGGCGCCGUGCUCGCCUUCCUCGUCGUCACCCUCAUAGCGGCCGCCGUCCUCUACACCAAGAAGCGCCGGAGGGGGCGGGACGACUACCGCCCCGGGUUCCGGUCGCCGCCGUUCUCUUCAGAGCUGCCACCCUCAGGUUCAGUUCCUUCGGGCGGCGGCGGCUCGGCGAACGCGGCAAUGUCGUCGUCGGCCGACCCCUCCGUCCACACCAACUACAGUGCCGGCAGUCCCAGGCUGAAACCGUGCGUGUCCGACAUGAGCGUCGGCAACUCGCGCUUCUUCACGUACCAGGAGAUGUACCAGAUCACCGACGGCUUCUCGCCGCGCAAUUUGCUCGGCGAGGGAGGGUUCGGGUCCGUGUACAAGGGCCGGCUGCCCGAAGGGAAGGACGUGGCUGUCAAGCAGCUGAGGGAUGGUAGCGGGCAAGGGGAGCGCGAGUUCCAGGCCGAGGUGGAGAUCAUCAGCCGCGUGCAUCACCGGCAUUUGGUUUCUCUUGUCGGGUACUGCAUCGCCAAUAGCCAGAGGCUGCUCAUCUACGAUUUCGUGUCGAAUGACACUCUGCAUUAUCACCUUCACGGACAGGGAAGGCCUGUUUUAGAGUGGUCGGCUAGGGUUAAAAUCGCUGCCGGUGCUGCUCGUGGAAUAGCGUACCUGCAUGAAGAUUGCCAUCCAAGGAUUAUUCACCGAGACAUCAAAUCCUCAAACAUUUUGUUGGAUAAUAACUUUGACGCACUGGUGGCCGAUUUCGGUCUUGCAAGACUGGCUUUGGACGCUGUAACACAUGUGACUACACGGGUUAUGGGGACAUUUGGAUACAUGGCUCCGGAGUAUGCGUCAAGUGGCAAGCUGACUGAGAAAUCCGAUGUGUUCUCUUUUGGUGUGGUACUAUUAGAGCUUAUGACUGGUCGAAAGCCUGUCGAUGCAUCAAGACCAUUGGGUGAUGAGAGCCUUGUUGAGUGGGCUAGACCGUUGCUUAGUCGAGCUCUCGAGACGGGAAAGCUGGAAGAGUUGGUCGACCCCAGGCUUGAGAGGAACUUCAACGAGGUCGAAAUGUUCCGUAUGAUUGAAUCUGCAGCCGCCUGCAUUCGACACUCGUCAUCAAAGAGGCCCAGAAUGAGCCAGGUGGUGCGGGUCCUCGAUAGCUUAGCGGAUAUCGACCUAACCAACGGCGUCCAGCCAGGGCAGAGCGAGCUCUUCAACGUGGCAAACACGGCGGACAUCAGGAUGUUCCAGCAGAUGGUGCAGGGCAACCAGGACGACAGCUCCGCCUUCAGCCAGUAUAGCUGGAUCAGUCGCAGUAGGGCCGACGCCGAGGCCACCUCCUCAAACUCCCGGAUCUUAUGACCGUCUUUGUUUCCGUGCUCCACAUGUACGUAGCCAUUCUUCUCGACCCACUGAUUCGGCCGGGCUGUGUUAUCGACCAUCGAAAAAAGUCUGGUGUAAUUCUCGCCUUGUUACGAUGAUUGCUCGCGUGUAGAUCGCACGAGCGAGGAAGAUGUACUCUUGUUUGACAAAUCAUUAAGCUAGAAGCUGUUGUUGUGGUUGGUAACUAACUUGUUAGGCUGCCUGCUCUUGCUGCUGUUGCCUAACUGAAAGAGCACAAUGUUUGAACUUUCUGUAGUCUUUCUUUUUGUGUUGUUGGCUUGACAAUGAUGUUGAUUGAGGCCACAUCUAAAGGGAGAAAAGAAAAAGGAUGCUGA